CGAAAGCAAUGCUGUGCCAGCAAUGCUGUCGCCUGCACAGAAGCCUGGCCCCAAGACAAAGUUGGCCACAUUUUUGCCAUCGUACGAGUCGACGCAGGACCUGUGGUCGAAACACCAAUAUCCUGGGCGCGAAAGCGUGGCCCAUUCGCUGAUGCACACCAUGGAGAAGAACAAAGCUUCAACCGAUUUGGUGAUAGUGGUGGACAACAAGCGAUUCGAAUGCCACCGAAUUAUCCUGCAGGUUAUUAGUAAGUUGUUCCGCGAACUGGAGCCGAAGGAGGAGUACCACAUAUCCACAAAUGUGAUUAGCGCCCAUGACUUUGGCAUUCUCUAUCGCUGGCCCUUCGAGGGUAAGGACCAGGACUACAUCGGGCACUCCUCGUUACUGAAUAUUGUAAAGGCCGCCGAGUUCCUGGGCUGCGAAUAUUUGCACCGAAAAUGCUGGGAGAUUCUCGAGACCGUCACCGAGGACAGUUUUAACACGAUGGUCCUCUGCGGUUGCCCCAAUGCCAGUGUGAAACUCAAUGAGAUUCUGAUGCCCCGCGUGGCUGAGGUCUUUCUGCAGUUUGUUGCCAGCUCCGAGUUCGUCAGACUCCCGCCGCUGUUAGUGCGACGUUUGCUCAAGGGCCAUUUGUGGGUUAAUUCAGAAUGGGAGGUUCUGAUGGCGGCUAUCGUUUGGCUAAACUACAAUUGGCCCGAGCGGGUGACGCACAUCGGGCUCGUUGUGGAGCCGAUUCGCUUCCAUGAGAUCCCAUUUCACUCCCUAAUAACCAUCACAAAGCGAUGCGACGGUCCACCGGCAUUGCGCGCAGUGGCGCAAUCCGAAGAUUUCAAGAAACUCAAGCGGUUGACACUGAUUAAGCAUUGCAGCCAAAAAUCGACACAGAAAUGGCAGGGGGGCACGGAUAGUGCUCGGAAAUUGAUAUACGAUCGAAAUGCCGGUUACCACCACAGUCUCACGUGCAGGAAUCAAAAGUUCUGGACUUACAAUAUGUUUGUGGAUUACCUGAUAUUCCUGCAGACGGCGGGCAUAUCACACUUCUCGAAACUAAAUCCUUGCGAUGAUCCGAGCAUCGUCUGCUGUCCGCCCAACUAACAUUUUUGAGUUACUGUCCACAACACACAAUAAAUACAGUUUUCAGGAGGUUGGGUUGCAGCUGCUGCUGUUAUCCAAAUGUAAGCACCGCCAAAGAAGUAGACCAAUCAGUGAUUU